AUGGUAGAAUCAAGUGCCAAAAAUUAUACCCACUAAGGUAUCUUUAUCAAAUGUGAUUUCUACUAAGAUCUUAACAAAUAACUAUCCACAUUUAAGACUAAACUAUCUCCAGAAUUUUUAUUCAAAUCUUAAAUGAACUAUGAAACAUAUGUUAUGCCAUUUAAUCCAACCAAAGAAUAAAUCAUCAAUUCUGUCAGAGAAGGAUACUAGAAAUACAAUUCUAAGCAACUGAAAUUGAUGCUAGUUCAUUUCUGCGGAAAAGCAGUCAAAAAGAAGAUUGGAAAUAAAGAUUUAUUUUAUAUUGUUGUCAGAAAAAAUAAAAAGAAUUCAGAUGAAGAAGUCGUUGAUUUAGAAGAGCUAGUUAAGAAAGAGAUAAAGCCAGUGCAGCCAAUUAUUUAUGUAUUUAUCUAUGAUAUUUAUGUGGAUAAAAUGACCUUUAAGAAUGAUUAUUAAGUCAAAUACUUCUAAAACGGUAACGUCUACACUAUGAACUGCUUGUACAAAGAUUUUAAAAUAAAAUACUCUUUGAUUUAAUAUACUCAUCAAUAUUCUUUACUUAUGGCCGAUUUCACUUCACAUUUACUAAGACUAUAGAAAUAUGAUUAGCUUAUCUUUCCUAGUACAAAGGAUCUUAUCUUGUCUUAAUAGUAGGAUUAAAAAGAAAUUUAUGAAAAGAUAUUUAGAUUUUUGAUGAAAAAAUAUUAAUGUAAAGAGGAAUUAAAAGAGAAAUAGUAAAUUUAGACCCUUUAAGAUUCAAAAGUUAAAAAUACACCUCUAUCCAAAGAUCUGUAAAAACCAUAAUAAAUUAAUACAAAUUAAAAACCAUAAGUUAAUCAGAAAAAUGAUAAUCUCAUAAUAAAUGAAGAGGAAUUCUAAGAUGUACCAAAUCAAUUUUGUUCAUUAGAAUCAUCUACAUACCUCUUUGAUAAGCAAUUUCAAUCAAAUCACUGGAAAAGUCUAUAAUAAUAUGGUUAACUAAUUGUAGCCUAUACAAACUUUGGAAUUAAAAUUAUAGAUUCAAGCAAAUUCAAUAAAGUGGUCUUUGAGUAGGAGUUUUAAGAUUCUAAUUUAUAAGACUACACAUAUCUCUCUGCAACUAACAUCCUGGUUAUGCUAUUAUAAGAAGCCAAAACUAAUUCAUAAUUGGUAGUCUAAAAUAUAACAGACAAUGAUAUACUGGAUUUAAAAAUAGACAAUUUUGAAGAAGUUAUCAGUAUUGGGCAAGUUAAAAAUGCUUAUUUAGCAGUCAGCUACAAAUAUAUCACUAGAAUUUACAAAAUUGGAAAAAAUCAACUUAAGAGGAUUUUAAAUAUUAAUCAUGAAGUAUUAACUAUAGGAUGGGGAAUAAUAUGCUCAUUUGGUAAUUAUAUUCUUCUUAGUGAGUAAUUGCCUUAUUACUCCAAUCAAGAAACAGUAUAAAUCUAACUAGUUACAAUUGAAGAAUCUAAAGUAACUGGCAAUCUUGAAGAGGGUAAAACUUCAAUAAUUAAAUUGAAAGAUCAUCAGAUAAAUGAGAUUGCAGAUGGCUUUUACAUUUAGAAUUAAAAUGAGCAGAUAAAAUAAAAUAAAUUCCUUUGUAAUGAAAUUCAAGCUUAUGCUAAAGAUAACAUGCUUGCUAUGCUUAAAUUAAAUGCAAGCUACCCAAGUAUUUUAGAAGCAAGACUUAUAAAAGAUUCUAAAAUAGAACUCUAUAAAAAUUACUAUGCCAUUAAGUUUUAAUAGCAUGUUUUAAUAGAUUAAAGUCUAAAAGGAAUUCAAAAUGAUUCCAUAUUUUUGAUAGCUAACAGUGAGAAGGAAAACAAAAGCUACCUUUUGAAAUUUAAAGUUGAUAUGGACUAUGUCAAGAGAUUGAUUGAUUAGCAAAUGUUAGAAAAUUUUUGA